AUGCUUUCCUUUUCAGCUGAGAGUGCUCUAGUACUUAGUUCUUUCAAUACUAGUACAUGGGUUACACCUAGAGCACGCCCUUUUGUCACCCCGGGAGGAACAAGGGAGUGGAUGCCUUUGUGCUCUAAUGAGUUAACACCUGUGUUGGGGAUGAAGUUUGAUACUUUGGAAGAAGGGAUUAAAUUUUAUGAUGCUUAUGCUCUACAUUGUGGCUUCAACACUCGAAAGUCGACAACUAACAAGAACAAAAGUGGUGUUGUUGCAAUAAAAUAUUGCUUAUGCAAUAAGGCGGGUUUUAAAGAGAAGCGUAAGACAAAGAAUGAGGAUAAGCCCAAAGAACAAGAGGAUGGAAAAGCUACUACUAGAAAAAGGUUGGUGACAAGAGUGGGGUGUAAAGCUCAGUUAGUUCUUAAGAUUCGUGAAGAAGGUGGAUAUUUUGUGAAAAACUUCUAUGAAGGACACACCCACCCUCUUUACACACCGAGUUGUAGAAAAUUUCAGAAGCAAGGUAGAAAAAUGACAAUUUUGCACAAGAAGUUCGUAGUUGACAAUUCAAAGUUGAAUAUUGGGCCAACAAAAAGUUUUAGAAUCUUAAAAGAGAAUGUUGGUGGAUACGACAAUAUCGGAGCUUCAAAGCAAGAUUUCAAGAAUUUCUCAAGAGAUCUAAAAGCAUAUAUUGAUGGCUCUGAUGCUCAAAUGUUUGUGGACAACUUUAAAAUGAAAAAAUUGCUUUGGGGUGCCUUCUUUUAUGACUUUGAGGUAGAUGAUGAGCAAUGUCUCACUAAGGCUUUUUGGGCGGAUCCCAUUUGUAGGAAAAACUAUGCUUUGUUUGGGGAUAUGGUCUCCUUUGAUACCACUUAUGAGACUAACCGGUACAAUAUGGUCUUUGGGCCUUUUACCGGUGUCGAUCACCAUAAAAGAUGUAUCACAUUUGGUGCCGGUUUCACUGCCAAGGAAGACAUAAGCUCCUUUGAGUGGUUGUUUACCACUUUCUUGAAGGCAAUGGGAAAUAAUGAACCCACUUGUUUGAUAACGGACCAAGAUCCGGCGAUGAAAGUUGCAGUGAGGAAAGUGUUUGAAAAAACGGAGCAUCGGUUUUGCAUGUGGCAUAUUAUGGAGAAGGUGUCGCUCAAAAUGGACCGAGAUCUUCUUAAAGAAACUGACUUUCAUGAAAAGUUACGUUUAUGUGUGUGGGACCUAGGAUUGGAGCCUUUAGAAUUUGAAGAAAAAUGGAAUAAACUGAUUGGUGAGUUUAAGUUGGAACAUGAGUGGCUAACUGAGUUGUAUAAGAUAAGAAAGCUAUGGAUCCCUGCUUAUUUUAGAGAUUUAUUCUUGGGUGGGAUAAUGAAGACAACUUCAAGGUCGGAAAGUGAAAAUCAUUUCUUUACCUCCUUCACUAAUCCCCAUGUUACUCUUGUAGAGUUCUACAUGCGCUUCGAAACUGCAAUGGAUUCACAAAGACACUCACAAGCUGAAUUUGACAAUGACUCCAAGAAUAAAUUUCCAGAAUGCAAGACACCAUUACUCAUUGAGAAGCAUGCUUCAGAGGUGUUUACUUGCUCUAUAUUUUAUCAAGUUCAAGAGGAGGUGUAUAAUGCUUGUUUUUCUUGUGGGAUUGAAGAGUUCAGAAGAGAAAAUGACUUGGAAAUUGCCAAGAUUAAUGAGGUGAAUCGUAAAAGAACUUUUGAGGUGGUGUUUAAUAACACUAAUUAUGAAACGAAUUGUUCAUGCAAGAUGUUUCAAAGACAUGGCUUACCUUGUAGGCAUAUGGUUUGGGUAUGGAAGGCAAAGAACCUAACCAUGAUUCCCGAUAAAUACGUUCUUAACAGAUGGACUAAAAUGGCAACAAAAAAGCCAAUCUUUGACUUGGAAGGAAAUAUUUUAGACCAAUGCACUAGAUUGGUGGACAAGAAGAAAACUUUGAAUGAGUUAUGGUCUGAGAUCUAUAGUUUUGUAAGUGUCGCUGAGCAAAAUGAAGAAGAUCUCGCUGAACUUGUUAAAAACCUUCGGGACUUGAGAUUGGACAUGGAGGCCAAAAAGAGUGCAAACAACACUCGUAGCAAAACACAAGACAUAGAGCUCCUAAUUGGAUCAGUGGCGCCUAGUGAAAUAACCAUCAAACCCCCCAAGAUAUCAAGUAACAAGGGUAGUGGCACUAGAAGUGGAAAAAGGAUAAAAGGAGAGAGAGAGAAGGCAAUUGAGCAACAUCAAAAGAAAAAGAGGCUAUGUAGCGCUUGUGGAGAGCUUGGAUACCAUGACCUUCGAAAUUGUCCGUCAAAGAUAUCUUCAUGA